AUGGCCUCCGACCUCAUGAACACAGCCUUGAGGUCAGUUGGACAAUGGUGCACAGAGGUAGGCCUUUCUAUCAACCCCUCCAAAGUGGCGGUUAUCCCCUUCCCGAGGAGGCGCGAUCUAAAUGGCAUAGGACCUCUGAGAAUACAAGACACAGUGCUUGAAAUGCAGAAUCAGGUAAAGUACCUGGGUGUGGUAUUGGACCGAAAGCUGCAACGGGGGCCACAACUCCAAAAGGUCAUUGAUCGAGGUAAGUGGUCACUCAUGGCUUGUAGACGGAUGGUGGGAGGAACCUGGGGGCUCAAGCCGGUGCUCAUGCACCGGCUAUUUGUCUCCGUGGUAAGGCCCGCCAUGACUCGUGUGGUGGCCCAAGAUGGACUCGGUGUAGGCGGUGAGAGAUCUGGCUGCCGUCCUCCGGGAGCCUCACUGGACUGCCUUCUCAACCUCACUCCGAUUGACCUGCAUGUCAAGGCCACUGCAAGGAGGACUCCCUACAGACUCCAGUGUGAAAACCUUUGGUUGGAUGUUGGAGGAUCCCGAGGUCACUCUCGGAUCACUCAGCAGGUAAGAGGGGAGGUAAUGGACAUGCCCUCGGAUCACAUGCCGACUCGAUUCUUCUUCGCCAGACCAUUCACUGUCCUUCUUCCGUCCAGGGAUGAGUGGAUGUCCGGUGGGAAUCGUCUUCCACAAGGCGACCUUGAAUGGUACACUGAUGGUUCAAAGGCCGAAAUGACUGCUAUAAUGGUAUGUGCUAGGGAAAACUUGAGGCUAGGCUUCAGGGACAUCAACAUUUCCAUUUUUACAGACAGCCAGGCUGCGCUCAAAGCGCUCGACUCCUAUGAAUUCAAUCCUAAGGUGGUCUGGGACUGCCUUUCUGCGGUAUGUGACCUGGGCAGGCGCAACAAGGUAACACUCUGUUGGGUUCCUGGGCACUCAGAGAUAGAAGGGAAUGUGAGGUGGCUGACAGGCUAG